AUGAUUCCCCUUAGCAGCACUAGUCAACCUCGCCACCUCGCUGCUGCUGCUGCUGCUGCUGCUGCUCCAAUUGGCCCAACUACUACUCUUGCUGAAACUAUGGAUGGCGAUACUGCAAUCUUGGGCACUCCUGUGCUUGGUCAGCCGCUCACGCUUCAUGCCAGUGCGCCGGAUUGGUCGUCCAAGCUGUCCAUGUUCGACGCGCUCUUGCUUGGCGCAGACGAGGAAUCCGAGUUUCCGCACAUUCUACCCACAGCGACACUCGAAGUCGAUGCUGGAGAGCUGGACAUGCUCGAAUUGCUGUCGUCCGAUCCGUCCGGCUUCUCGUCAGAUUUGGUCGCGUCCUUGUCGGAUUGCCUGUACCCGGAGGACGACCCCUCAGACAUUGCGUCGCUGCUGCCCAGCUUGAAUUCAUCGUUUACGGACUCGACCAGUGAUCCUCCAUCCCCGACAACCACGUUCAGCGAAAGUGAGCGGAUUUUUGCAGAUUUGGCAGGACUGGAUCCGCGACCGAGUGUUUCGACCAACGUACCACCCCCAGUUACGACCAGUAGCGCGCGCGCUGUGCGAAAGACAAAGACGGCUGCACUGCAAGGCUUUUUAAAGUCGGCCGACAGCGACAAUGACGAUGCUGACGCUGAAAUCGAGGCCAACGACAAGCGAAUUGCCAAACGGCGGCGCCGAUCCGUCCGCUCGCGCUCGGAAACCCCAGACUCAAAGAAGACGCGACAGUCGACAACCGGAGACGAUGAGGGAGACCUCUCUCUGCUCAAGCCAACGGAUUUGAGCGAUCCCGACAGCUUGUUUGAAAUGCCCGCCUUGCCGAUGCUACUCACCUCCACGCCAACAACAAUCUACGAGUUGGGGCACCUUGUUACCGGACCCAACGCGUCCAAGUACUGGAGCAACAAGCAGUGUCUGCAUCGACACCCAUAUCCAGUUGGCUACCACGCCUCCAAAGCCCACUUUGGCAACCUGUACCAGAUGCGCAUCGAAGAGUCUCCCUCCGGUCCUGUGUUUCAACAACCCCAUGGACACAAGCUUGCCUCCGGAGCAACUCGCCAGGAUGUCGGGUCUCGGGGCCACUACGACCCGUUUGUCAUUCAGUGCAUUCAACACAUGCCAGGCUACCGACAGUCGUGUGCGAGCAUCGGGCGAUAA